UUUCUUUCUGUCUCUCGGAGUUUCUGGUCUUGUUUUUCAACUGUCAUGAUUUUUAUCUGGUGAUAUUUUGGUUAGUUGAUUUCUUCUCUCCAAAGGAUAUGGUUAGGAAAGCAGUGUUUUAAGAUAAGGGCCUCAGAAAAUAGUUUUCAGAAUUAGCGAAAAGUUGGGUUCAAUUUUUAAGUUGUUUUUACCCAAAGUCAAGUAUGAAAAACUAAUGAUUUGUAUAAAAUUCAUGCCUCAUUUAUUUUUAGUGUGUUUUCAAAACAACCAGACCUUCCCGCCAACCAAGUUACUUCCUGUAUUUGUCUAUAAACUUGUUUUUAUUAUUUGAUGUUGAAUGAUUAUUUGUGGGAUUUUUUGGCAUUUAUUAACAUUUAAAACAAAAAGCAUUUAGAUUUACAGACUCACGUGCAAGUUGAAGGCUAAGCACUAGAUGGCAGAGUAAUUCAAAAAAGCUUUGUCCCCUGAGUCCUCAAGGUCUCUUUAGUGUAUCUGUCUAAAAAAUCAUUGCACUUAAUAGAGAGCACGUUCCAGAAAUGUAUCAAAUGCAGGUUAGGAAAAAAGACUUUGUUUAUUUCAUUUUAUUCUAUAUUUCUUUUGAUGACUGACGUUAACAGCAGUCCAAACUGAGACCUUAUUGAAACAAUAUUCUUUAUAUUGAGUUGCAGCUAUAAAUAAAUAAUUACAAUAAAUGUACUUUACAAAAAAGGAAUACUUUUAAUUAUGAUUAUUAAUUUACUCUUGAAGCACAUCGAGCUGAUUCUCUUCUGUUUACAGUAUGGCAACAGUACAAGAAAAGUAUCAAAAAAGGUUUCGCCAUUGUUACAGUCCCAAGAACCCAAAUCUGGUGCUAUUUAAACCCAUGUUUUAAGAGUAUACUUAAAGGGAUGGUUCACCCAAAAAUGAAAAUUGUCAUGAAUUUUCAACCUCAAGUUGUUCCAAAAAUCUCUUUGUUCUGUUGAAUACAAAGAAAGAUAUUUGGAAAAAUGUUAGCAACUGAGAUUUCUGGGGCACCGUUACCAUUAAAAUGGUUGUCAAAGGUGCCCCACUGGUUGUAUGUUUUGUGUUCAACAGAGCAAAAGAAAUAUACAAUAAUUCUUUCUACUAUGGUAGUCAAUGGUGCCCCAGAUAUCUCAGUUGCUAACAUUCUUCCAAAUUUAUUUUUUUGUGUUCAACAGAACAAAGAAAUUUAUACAGGUUUGGAACUACUUGAGUAAAUGAUGUCAGAAUUUUCAAUUUUGGGCAAACUAUCCUUUUAACAGAUCUGCUCACUUUCCAGAGAAUUAGACGUGCUGUCACUGCCAGGAGUUGUGUGUCUGUGUGUGUAUUGACAUACAGAUACUUGUUGACUAAUUUUAAGCAUGACAGAGCAAGUGAGUCUAUUGUGCCUGCCACUCUUGUUUCACCAGCAGCCAUCUGAAACAUUUUGAGCACACAGGCUUAUACUCAGAGUUAACACGUCUCUGAAGCUCAUGGUGCUCCUCACAAUCAGGCUUAACCAAUAGAACAUCUGCAGAAAACUUUAAACUGUCGCUGACAGGUACAGUCGCCUAGUGGGAAUUAAAUCAUUGACUGGUCAAGUCUAAAGAGAACGAAGACAACUGAAGGUCAUCCCAGCAGGGCUUUACGAGUUCUUCACAGAGAGCUGCACACAGUGGAUUAACUGGAAGAAUGUUUCUAUGGGCUGGAAGCAAAGGAGCUCAAGGAUCAGGAAGUGGGAGGAGGAGCAUUUAUCAUAAGAUCCGUGAGUAUGAUAUUUUGGAGAAGAGGAGGACGGUGACCGCACUGAAAGCUGGAGAGGACAGAGCCAUUCUUUUAGGCCUCAGCAUGAUUCUCUUUUCAGCCAUGAUGUACUUUGUGUUGGGCAUUACAAUGGUGCGCUCAUACUCAGACAGCGUUUGGACAGGAGAGUCAAACUGCACAGUGCUGAACUCUAGUGUAGUUGCUGAAGUUAACUGUAGCUACAGUUGUGGCUCAGAAUGCCGGAAGAGCUCCAGGUAUCCGUGUCUUCAGGUAUACGUCAGUCUGAACUCCACCGGCAGGGUUCUGAAACUCUCCCACAACGAAGAGGUCUAUGAGGCCAACCCUGAGUGUUUUUAUAUCCCAAAAUGUCGCAAGGAUCACACGCUGAUGAACACCAUCGUGAUGAACAUCUCAGAGCGGCUAAAGACGCACACGCAGGUUUCGUGUUACUACGACCCUUCUGAGCAGCACGACGCCGUUCUCCUGACGCGUCUCUAUGGCCGGCGGGCCAUCGUGAGCUCUCUCCUCUGGCCCACGUGCACGCUGGUGGGAGGCAUGCUUAUCAUCGCAAUGGUGAAGCUCACUCAGUAUCUGUCAUUCCUGUGCGAGCAGAUCGGUCGUAUCAAAAGGAUGGGGCUGUACUCUCUAACAGGAAACUCUCAAGGCAUGGUCAGCUCUCGGAAGUAUAACGGCGGCAUCCAGGACGGGGUUUAAACGCGACAGAGGAUGUCACCGUACACAUAUUAGUCAACAGACACAGAAACUAGCACAUGAGAAUCGAGGUGUUUUGGCUCGCGUGGUCUUCCUCUGACCCCCAAUCGGCUCUGUUAAUCUAUUCAGGUUGUGUUGGCUCAGCAGAUCCCCUAGUGGUCGUAGUUUGAAUUUCCUAACUUCUUUUGAAACUCAAGGAGCAAAAUAUACAAUCUUGUUGUGGGUGUCGAUUACAUUCGCUGACCACCCGACCGCAGUGACUUAAUUCCAAGAAGGCUGAAUCGACCGGCACUGAUGUAAUCACAGAAAUGAAAGUAGCCUGCAUACUUCCAUCAGCUGCUGUAUGUGACUGCUGGCAUUCGUGGCUAUUUGAUAAACACUUCUCUUAAAACCAAAGGUCAUUUUGUUAAGUGCUACUAAUAUGUGUCUUCUCACUGCUGAGUGCUUUUUUGUGAAAAAUCCAGUAGUAAACCACUUUAGCAAACUGUUAAAGUUACGGUGUGAAUGAGCAAAAGCUCAGCAGGUGUGUUCCAAAUACUAGUGAGUUGUCUACCUAGACAGCGUUUUAAGGAAUCGUAGGCAAUUCAUGUUUUUUUAUAUUAGAGUAUAGAGUAUUGUAUUGAUACUUUGGUUAUUAGCAGCAUGCUAACUUUAAGCCACAUUGUUUUCUAUUGAUGCCAAGUCAACGAUGCGGACUGCUUGUGUGGUAUUCACCCCAAUAUUCUGUCAUCAUUUAUUUACCCUCGUAUCAUUCAAAACCUGACUUUUUCUUUUGUAGAACAUAAAGGAAGAUUUUUCUGAAAUGUCCAUAUAAGUCAAUAGGGCCAGUGUUGUUUGGUUACAGACAUUCUUCAAAAUAUCUUCUUUUGUGUGCUGGAGAAGAAAGAAGGUCACACAGGUUUGGAAGGACAUGAGGGUGAGUUCAUGAUGACAGAAUAUUCAUUUUUGAGUGAACUAUCACUUUACAUCACAUUAACACAGGCAGUAGGUAUAGCUCACAAGGUUUGGGAGCAAUGCUUGUAGGUUUACUGUUGAAUUAGUGCUGCACACAUUUUUAUAGCGUUUAUGGGCAUACAGUGCAAAGCGGUUUGUAGCAUUUUCACAUCAACUGUGAAAAUGAAUCUGUUUAUCACAGAUCUGCAUUCUGUAUGUAUUGUUACAUGGUUACAAUGAACUGGUUUUAUGUUAAGAAGUAUCCUUAAAUCAUACGUUGUUUGUAGAUGUUUGAUGUAUUUUUGUCUCUCUCAAACACAACAGGAUAACUGAAUGAUGUUUAGGAUUUUGCACAGAAAGAAUCAACAGUGCCUCAUUUUUACAGCGAAUGAAUAAAAACAGUAAAAGCCUCCUGGUCAGCUAACAUUAUUUGAAACAUACUAAACAUGCUAAGAAUCACAUGCACCUUUUCUAUGAUUUACAAUUCGGUAACACUUUACAGCAAUGUUUCAUUAGCAAAUGCAUUAUGAACUUACAAUGAACGACAUACAUUGUUACAACAUUUAUAAAUCUGCGUUAAUGCAAGUUCAUUGUCCAUUAACUAAUGUUAACAGAUAUAACUUUUGAUUGAAAUUGUUAGUAAAUGUUUAAAUGAACUUCAAGAAUAGUAAAUGCUGUAAUAAGUGUGUCAUUGUUUGGUAGAAGUUACUACUAUUAAGAAAUGGAACCUUAUUGUAAAGUGUUACCAACAAUUUUGUUCGUCCUGUCAUGAAAUUUUCCCUCCUGUAAGUUUUAUAUAUGUCCAAAGCUGUCAAUAU